UCUAUCCAUUCAAAGCUCUCGCUUCGAAUCCGAACCGGCACACCCAGCAGCCGUUUCUAGAGUGCUCCCUGCCUUUCGAGAUCCCGCUCGCCACGAUGCCUGCACUCGCCAAGCCCGCCUCGCGCCCCGCCAAGACCGCCGCGGCGCCGAAGCCGAAGCUGAAGCCCGCCGCCGCAAAGCCCAAGGCCGCGGCAGCCGGCGCCUCCCACCCGCCCUACUUCGAGAUGAUCAAGGAGGCGAUCACGGCGCUCAAGGAGAGGACCGGCUCGAGCUCGCACGCCAUCGCCAAGUACAUGGAGGACAAGCACGGCCCCUCGCUGCCGGCCAACUACAAGAAGAUGCUCUCCAUCCAGCUCCGCGGGUUCGCCGCCAAGGGCAAGCUUGUCAAGGUCAAGGCGUCCUACAAGCUCUCCGACGCCGCCAAGAAGGAGGCCCCCAAGGGCAAGCCCGGUGCCGCCAAGACUGCCGCGGCCAAGCCGGCGAAGGCCGCCACGAAGCCGAAGAAGAGCGCCGCCGCCGCCAAGCCCAAGAAGACCGCGUCGGCCGCCGCCGGGACCAAGCGCAAGGCGCCGGAGAAGAAGGUCGUGGCGAAGCCGAAGAAGUCCCCCGCGGCGAAGGCCAAGGCCAAGCCAAAGACCGUCAAGUCCCCCGCCUCCAAGAAGGCCCGGAAGGUCGCCGCAUGAGAUGGUUCCAUAGGUCGUAGCUCUGAUUGUGGUGUGGUUGUCCCUAGGAGUUGUACAAAUGAAGUGCGUGCCCCAAACGUCUCUGAUCCGGUGUUGUGUUAGGCAAGUUCAAUCUAUCCAGGUCAGUGUUAGUGUAACAGAUGGUUAGGUUUCUUGUGAUGGAGAUGUAUCUCGCUCUCUUUAAGAAUAUAUGAAGUGAACUUGCAGUUCGCCUGGAAUC